AUGUAAAAAUAAUUAGAUGAAGUUGAGUUUUUAUUAAAGAAGAGUCCUUAACAUAGAAGCAAAGCUGAAAUAGAUUUAUUAGUAUAAUUGACAUCAUAGCUACCUUUUUUUAAAUAAUACAUGAAACAAGAAAAUGGUUAAUAAAUUCAAAGAAAAUGUUGUAAAAAUAUGUAUUGUGAAAAAUUAAGAGAAAAUGAAAUUGUAUUUUAUGUUGGUAUUUAUUAAUAUCAUUUAAUAUUAAUAGACAGCGUUGGUACUAAAUUCUAUAUCAUACUGGAAGGAUCAGUGACUGUUCUUGUUAGAAAACCAAAUCAAACUGAAAUGGAAGCAGUUAGAGUUCUUAAUAAAGGACAAUCUUUUGGUGAACUUGCCUUAUUACAUAAGUAACCAAGACUUGCUACCAUUUAAUGUAAUACUGAUUGCACUUUUGCUGUUUUAGAUAAACAAUAAUUUAAACAUAUUUUGUAAGAAGAAUAAUAAAAAUAAUUAGAUGAAGUAAAUCACUUAUUUAUUAUUUUAAGAAUAUUGAUUAUUUUUCAUAAGUAAGAAUUUUUUCACAUUUGCAUAGAACAUAAUUAAAACAUAUAUAUUUAAAUUCUUUUCUAUGUGAAUUUGAAAAGAAUUAAAUUGUUAUUAAAGAAGGUUAGAAAGUUGAUUAUUUCAUUCUAAUAAAAUCAGGAAGUUUUCUGGUUAAAAAAAUUAUGAAACCUAAUCAAACAAAUGUUAAUGUAAAUUUAAAUUAAUAAUUAAGCUUUUUGAAAUAGGAGAACUUCAAGUUUUUGGUUUCUAUCAUCUUAAUAUAAAUUUACCAUAUGAAUAUUCUCUUGUUUGUAAUACAUCAAAAGGUUAUGCUUAUAAGAUUAAUAGAACAUCUUUAGUAGAAAGAAUGUUUGAAUAAUAAGGAGAUGAUCUUAAACUACAUAGAAUAGAAUUAUAAUAAUUAGCAAAUUUAAGAACUGAAACUGAUGUAAAAACAGCUAGCAUUUAUCCUUAAUAUUAUUUUUAAAGAAUUAAAACAGAAGUCAUUCAAGAUAAUUCAUAAGAAAUAGUACCUUAAACAAUGACAACAGCUAAAAGAAAUCUUUUGGAAUAUUAAAAUAAAAAGAAAUAAAGAAUGAAUUAAAUCAAAUAAUAAAUGGAUAUAAUGUCUUUAAAAUUUAGAAAAUAACCCAUAAAAGUAUCAUAUGAGAUGUCUUCUCAUACUUAAUCUGAGCUCUUUCUUAAAACUCAUAGAGGUUAUAAUUUCAUAUAAGAAUAAUAAUAGAUGUUGUAAUCAUAACAAACAUAAAGAUAAUAAUAAUUUAAUUAAUAAUAAUAACAAAUUAAUUAUCCUAAAUUACCAAAAAAAUUAAUGAUAAAAACUCAUUUUCCAGAUGAAUUUGCUGAAAAACUAUCUUGUGAUAGUCCUUUAAGUACAACUUAAACAUAAAUGAAAAGUAUUAUAGGAUUAAAAAAAACCAUAUUACCUACUGCAUAAAAUAGAGUCAAAUCAAGGACAUUUUAAUCUUAAUUGAGUACAUCUCCUCUCUUUAAAACUAUAAGUUGCAUUCUCUAAUAAAGAUACUCUAGUAUUACAUCUAGCAAUCAUUUUAUUUGA